AUGGCGGCCGCCAAGCAGAGCGUCAGCAAGCUCAGAGCCUUCAUAGACAGCCCCACCGGGCCAAAGACGACGCACUUCUGGGGUGAGGUUGCCUGCAAGGCCUUCCACUGCCAGGCCGCCUGGGGCCAGGGCCUGAGCGACACGAUGACCAAGCCGCCCGAGACGAUCAGCCGCAACAUGACGGCGGCGAUGUGCCUCUACUCCAUGCUCUUCAUGCGCUUCGCCUGGGCCAUCCAGCCCCGCAACUACCUGCUCUUCGCCUGCCACGCGUCCAACGAGGUGGUGCAGCUCAACCAGAUGCGGCGCUGGGCGACGGUGCAGCCGUGGGCAGAGGUGAGGGAG